ACGAGGAAAACGGUGCAUAUUUGAAUAAUUUGACUCUUCUCUAUGGACUAUGAUUGUAAUAAAUCAUUAUAAUAAAACAAUCAGUGCUAUUCAGUCAAUUGUGUCAGUGAUCAUUAAUUUAUUUAUGAGAUUUUAUUGUUCGAUCGAUUCGAUUCGAGAUCGAUGUUGAUUUAGUCAUGUUUAUUUUGUCAUUUUGGUAUUUUUGGAUUUUGGAGUCGAUGGUAAUGACUCGAGCCUUUAUCGAUGAGAAAUCAGGGCAGAUUGUACCACGCCCGCCAGAUUUGCAGGAUAAUGCAUUUUUUGGAUACAGUAUGGCCUAUCAAUCUGAGAGUUCAAGCUUGCUAGUCAGUGCACCUCAACAGAUGCGGGAAGGCAAAAUAUUCAACAUGAAUAUGACCAGCGGAAUCGUGAAGGAUGAAUCAAGUUUCCAUGAUAAACUGAAAGCUGGUGCCUUAAAAUAUGAUUAUUGGUUGGGUGCAGCCGUAGCUGUUGGUCCUGACUACUACGUGUCCUGUUCUCCCCGAUACGCUGAAAUGAUAAGAUUAAAAAACAAGCCGAAUGUUAAACUCCCUGGAUCUUUAAGCCUUUGCUUUAUAAAUCGGAAUAACAGUUUGCAACGCCUUCGACCGUUGUCCGAUGAACAGAGAAAAAAAUAUACUACCAAACGCAGUGAAAGAAUGGACUCUUUUGGUUGGAGUAUCCACGUAGCUCCUAAUCAGAAGGAUGUUCUCAUUGGCGGAGCCGCUAUGUAUAAAGGUCGAGUUAUUCUUUAUGACAAUAUUUUGGAUAUAAAGGAACCAAAAUUAAUUAGACGAAUAAAUGAGGACAAUCCAGUGAAAUAUAACUUCGGUUAUAGUAUAACGAGUGGUAAUUUCUUCUCUGACAAGGCCACUGUCUACGCAAUCAGCACCACCUAUGGUGAAAUGGGCUAUGGGAAGGUAUAUUUUUUCGACACAAAACUUAAUCAUAUAGAUUCAAUCAACGAUGACAAUUUGGGCUCGAUGUUCGGCGCUGCGCUGUGCUCAGCCAUAUUGCGAGACCCGGUUUUGCUCGUGGGUGCGCCCGCGUACGCUGACAACAAACACAACUAUGACGUAGGAGCAGUGUAUAUCUACGCUGCUGCAUCCGGCUCAAAUCGCAUGAAAUUGAAGAGAAUAAUAAAAGGUUCAACGAGCGGUGGGUUUUUUGGACACAGUAUAGUCAGUCUUGGAGACAUGGAUGAUGACGGUAACGACGAAAUAGCAAUAGCUGCCCCUUAUGAGGAUGAUGGCAAAGGCGCUGUGUACAUAUACUCAGGAGUUGGCAUUUUGGAUGGUAAAUUGAAGAAAAGGAUUCAAUAUAAAAAUGUCAACAGUUUUGGAUACAGCCUGGCAGUUUUGCGUAGUGCUACAGAAAAUAAUGGAUUGGCGAUCGGAGCAAUCGAAGAUAAUACUAUUGUUAUGUACAAAGGAAUAGCGUCGAUCACCGUAGAUUUAUAUGGCUUUAUAGAUAAAACAACCAAGAAUGAAAUUCAAACGGAGAUUGAAAUAAAGCCUUGUGUCCAUAUUACAUAUCCGAAGAAACCAGUUGAAGUUAUAGCAGAUUUAAAAAUUAUGAUUAAAGUCACGGAUCAGUUUUGUAGGUUAAACAAAGAUUCUAUACCCUAUACAAUACAAGUAAGAGGAAGAAAUGAUACCCAGUUUUGUCUAGAAAAUAUAAAGGCAAACUGUCCUGCUGAGACAAAAAGUAAACUAAAAAUCUCGUACGAGUUAACUGCGUUUUUGUCAGAGGAGCACGGCCCUUCAAAAGUGUUGCUGAGUGAACGUAGUCGAUUGUCCUUCCAAGCAGACGAGUACUGGCCUUGCGAAGUAGAUAAUUGUAGAGCAAAGCUGAAAGCAGAAAUAAACUCUUCAAUACCACAGCCAUACGUCGUGGGUUCUUCAAACGCAGAGGAAGUUUCACUGAAAGUUCUCAACUCAGGCGAUACGGCGUACAGCUCUUGUGCUGAAGUGAUUGUGCAGAACGCUCAUGUGUCUCGGCUCCCUCCAGAUUGCACCAUUAGAGCUGCCUCCGAUACAUUGCUAUGUAAACCUAAACGACCAAUUUUGAAGGAUCACGAAUGGAUGAUAGGUAGCUUAUCAUUGGAACCACGGCAAGAUCUAAAAAGCAUGCAGGAAUAUGAUAUGACCGUAAAAUGCGUUAUAUAUUACGAUUGCAACAUCCCAAAAGAUAAUGAGACAUCCAUAGCUAAAUACAAGUUAAUAGGAGACACUAAGAAUAUACAUAUCAAAGGACAGUCAAACCCGGAAGGUGAUGUUGAUGUCACUCCUGGCAUUCUACUCACGGAGGGAAAAUCUUUUGAACAUUUAUAUUCGAUCGAGAACAAAGGCACGACGAACUGGAACGGCAUGCAAAUUCAGAUCAUUCUGGAAUAUGUGCCAUACAUAGGAUACUCAGAAGUUCCUAUCAAAAUCUACACAGCUGCAUCGUACAUUGAGUGCCCUAUCGAGAAGACGCAAAUCGAUAACAGAAUCACUGCCACCUGCGAUGUGGGUGACCUGCUGAGAUCAGAGAAAACUUCGGUCAUAAUUUCAAUGAACAUCAUACCAAAUACCUUAGAACUAGACGAAAACAAGCCCAACGUCACAGUUACCACCACUCUUAACGUGUUAGGUAUCCAAAAAUCUUUAAGCCAACAAACGCUGGUGAAGUUACAAGUAGCAAAUGUGCCUACAUGGGUAAUCGCCUUGGCCACCAUCAUUGGUUUAGUGCUAGUUUCACUAAUAGCCUUUGCUCUUUAUCACUUUGGAUUUCUUAAAAGAAAGAAUAAAAAGAGACUUACUGCACUGAAGGCAGAUGUCUACCGACAGAGUGUUCGUCGUUCAAUGAUUAGAGACAGCAUGAGAGCGGUAGCAAGGAGAAAGAGUACGGACGACCUUCCCUUCCUGCCGACUGCUGAGGAGGAUUGUCCAGAGAGGGAAAUGACUAUCGACGAGAAACUACAAAGAGAAUAAAACAAUGUUAUUUAAACCAAAUAAAUUUCAAUUAAUUUAAUGAUAUUACAGAAAAUAUAGAAAAAGAAUAUAAAAGUA